AUGAACUUUAAACUGAUAUUGGCAACCACAUUGGUCCUUGCCAGUCAAGUAUUUGCAGCCGACGGAGAGCUAGAGCAACCACAAGAAACUGUUAUUGUGACAAACACCCAUUACGUACAAAGUCCAUGUAUUCUGUCAUUGGCAGCUAAUUUAUUAUCAAAUAAUGUUCAAGGAUUGACCACAGGAAUACCCGUUGUUAUAGUGCAUAAGCCAAGAGGAGCAAAAUCUGUUUCCUCUCAACAACAACAACAACAACAACAACAACAGCAAUCGCAAUUGCAAUUGCAGCAAAAGGGCACUGUCGUACAAACCAACUUUCACACGGUAUACGAAACAGUUUACCCUACUACAACCAACACAGCAGUAACUACACCAGCAACAACAACAACACAAACAACACAAACAAAACAGUUGGCUGCAACCACUAGCACAGAAUCUUGUAAAACAUUCACCUCCACUUAUACAACCAUGGUAGCUGCAGCAAUAAACUGCGUCGAUGGUGUAUGCCAAACAUCCACAAUCACUUCAGUACUCCCAACAACGUAUACUAGCACAUACACCGUGUCAAGCUCUACUGCUAUAAAUCAAAAAAGCACAACCAACAAGGGCCAACAAGUCUCUUCCACAACUAGAUCACGCAAUUCUGCGGCUGCUGCUGCUGCUACUGCUACUGCUGCUAGUGACAGAAAUGACAUCUCGUACGGAUUAGCCCCCGGUGGAUUGACUGCAACUGAAUCAUUUGCAACCACUGAUGUCGAAACGGCAGUGACAACCACUUCCACCAUAUUCACUGCCUCUCAAGAUCUCAGCAGCACAUUUGAACCAGAGACAACAAUGGAGUCAGUGCUAACAAAUAAACCAGCACCAGUCACCUCACAAUCAGUGGUGCCUGAAAGCAAAUCCAUCACCAUUGAUGUUUCAUCCAUUACUCAAGAUGUUACCAUCUCGGGCUCGGGUGGCGCUACCAAUAAUUUAUCAACACAAAAACAAAAUUCCACAACCAACCUAUCCGAUUUGGCAGCAGCAGCAGCUUCGGCAACAACAAGUGCGACAGAUUCAACGCGAUUGUCCAACAUUCUCGAGACAACUAUUGUUGCAACAAAUAACGAUAAAGCAUCAUCUACAGAACACGAGAAUUCGGAAUUUUCGUUCACCUCUAGAACCACUUUAUCAACUGUCGUGUUAACAUCGUCGUUUGUUGCUUCGUACGGAAACUCAUCUGUUAUUUAUAGCUCAACAUAUUCGAGUAUUGAAACUAUAAGUACCGUUGUUCCAGUCUCAGAGACCAUUGAAGCAUCAAUUCAAUCAUCACCAGCAUCAGUGUCAUCGUCAACUUCAGCUUCAGCAUUAACUUCAGCAUCAACUUCAAGUUUAGGCUCUGCAUCAAGUACAUUAUCUGAUCACUUGUCAAGUAGCUCUUUAGCUUCUGAAUCAUCAAUUGAAUCUUUGGAAUCAAUGGCACAAACAUCUUCUGCUUCAACAGAGUCUUCUGCAUACACGGACUCGUGCUAUAAUGGAGAUUUGUUUGCACCAAUUGACACGGAUGCACCACCAUCAAUUUUCUCUAGGCAAGAGCUUCCUUUGGCAAUCCCCGCCGGAGUGAAUAACAAUGGUGCACCUAUACAAACAAACAAGUUCUACGCCAAUUUGUUCCUUGGUGAUCAAACAAUGAUGGUAUACACCUACCCAUAUGCAGUUUAUAGGACAGCGUACACCACAGACAACCCAUUCAAUGGACUUGGAAUUCAAGUAGCAAACAAAUCAAUGAGAGUGUUUGGAAACGUCAACUCCAACAAUGAUAAUCCUUCAUACUAUUUCAAUCCAACAAACAAUGCCGAAGUGAUCUUUUCCGCAACCCAAUUUGCCAGCGGCAAUGCUCUUUAUAUGGGGGUAACUGAUAUGACCGAAAUGGCCGUUAAGGUCACAUUGUCUGAAAGCUCGGAUGAUGAUAUCAACACUGUUGAGAUCCCAAUAGUGCAAGGUAUGGGUUUUGUUACUUCCAUUUACAAUGGUAACUUGAUUGCUAAUUUAGACUCCAUGUACGGUUUCAGGACCUUGGUAUCUGAGAGCUCCAGCGCAAUUCCUUCAAACAUUAUCAAAUAUCGCGCAACAUUGUUUAAUGGUGUUGAAUGGCUCAUUUACGUCACUUUGCCUUCUGCAGACCCUGAAUUUACAUUACAGGUUUCUAAAUUGCUGACACAAACCUCUUCGGAUGGUAGAACCAUGAUUGUGGCUUCCAAAGCCAUUGACGGUUUGAUGAUCCAAGUGGCUAUUGCUCCGGGUCAAACAGGAGAUCAAUACUACGACGCCGCAGCAGGAAUGUAUGUUACUGAUGCUGAAUUCAGUGGAUCAGUUGUUUGUUCUGGAUCUGCAACAUUUGACAUCACCUAUAAAACAGCCGGUACCUCAACAAGCGGUAAUCCAAUAAUAUUUGCUUUGCCUCAUCACCUUACCACGUUGAAUGGUGCAGAUGCUGGUGCAACCGGUAUACAAGUUUUGUCCCAAACAAAAGGUUACAUGUCAGGAUUUUUAACCAAGGUUCUUUCAUUUGCAGAAACCAUCAACAAGGACAUCCGGUUCCUUCCAUACAUUCAAGGAGCCAGCACAUUGGAGUAUUCGGCUGAAAAAGUUGCUUUACUUGCCACGUCUGCUAAUGAGGAAUUGGCCGUCAACAUUGCAGAAACUGUAAGCAAUAUGAAUUCCAAUUACUUUUCUGGUAAAGUCAUUGACAAGUAUGCACAAAUCUUAUUAGUCGUUGAUGAAAUUAUUAAGGAUGAUGCGGUAACUAAUGCAACCUUGGCUGAAAUGAAGACUGCAUUUGAAACAUUCAUCAAUAAUGAGCAAUACUAUCCAUUGAUGUAUGAUACCAAAUUUGGUGGCGUUACCUCAACUGCUGCUCAAAAUGGUGAUACUGGUGCGGAUUUUGGUGCAGCAUAUUACAACGACCACCAUUUCCAUUACGGUUAUUUUGUUCAUGCUGCCGCCGUUGUUGGUUAUAUUGAUAAGAAAUUGGGAGGUACAUGGGCUCAAGACAACAAGGACUGGGUCAACUCUUUGGUACGUGAUGUUGCAAAUCCUUCGAGACAAGAUACAUACUUCCCCGUUUCAAGACUGUUCUCGUGGUAUGAUGGUCACAGUUGGGCUGCUGGGUUAUUCGCAGCCAAUGAUGGUAAGAACCAGGAAUCAAGCUCUGAGGACAUUCAUUUUGCAUAUGGUAUGAAAUUGUGGGGUAACGUUGUUGAGGAUUAUGCUAUGGAGGCAAGAGGAGGUGUUAUGUUGAAUAUCAUGAGCAGAGCAUUCAACAUGUACUUUUACUUCAAAUCAGACAACACUAUCCAACCUCUGGAAAUCUUACCCAACAAAGUCUGUGGUAUCUUUUUCGAAAACAAGGUUGAUUACACAACAUACUUUGGCACACCAAAGGAACACCCAGAGUACGUGCAUGGUAUUCAUAUGUUGCCAAUUACUGCAGCAAGUUCAUCCAUCAGAAUUCCAUCGUACGUGCAAGAAGAGUGGGAUGAUCAAGUUUCAACAUUUGUUGAUAAUGUCACUGAUGGUUGGGCCGGAAUAUUGAGACUAAAUCAGGCUAUUAUUGACCCUUCAACUUCAUAUGAUUUCUUUAGUUCCAGCAGCUGGACCAAUGCAUACCUCGACAAUGGUCAAAGUAGGACAUGGAGUUUGGCAUAUGCCGGUGCAUUCAGUUAA